GUAAAGCAGACCCAGUUGACCCUGGUCAAGAAUCGGACGCUCAAAGUGGUUUAAUAAACUGCAAUUACCCGACCUGGCCGGGCCGGGCCUGGCCUGGCCCAGCCACCCGCCACUGGAGAUUUAUUUUGUGGAUUCUCGUCCAGAUUAGUCUGGGCCACGCAGUUUGCAGUUCGCCAGUUAUUUUUGCGAUAAAUAGCGAGUGGUGAUCCAGUGGUUACAGCAUUCGAGUGCCACACUUCGAGACGCACAGCAAAACAAACCAGGAUCUACUCUCCGAGUCAGGACUAAAAGCUUAAAAUCCCAAACCACACAUAAUGAAGGUAUUCAUUGUACUCUGCGCACUGGUGGCCUGUGUUUCGGCCGGAUUGGUCCGAUCCUCGGGCUGGGGAUCGAAUCCUUGGGGCGGCAGCAGCUCCGGAUGGAAUAGUGGCUGGGUUGCCCAGCAGCCGCAAGUCAUCAAGGUCAUAAAGAUCGGAGGAGGCGGCGGCUCCGGAUGGGGCGGAAACUCUGGAUGGGGCGGUAACUCCGGAUGGGGUAGCAACUCCGGAUGGGGCGGCAACUCCGGAUGGGGUGGAAACUCUGGUUGGAGCAGCGGCAACUCCGGAUGGAACAGCAAUGGAUGGUCCAGUUCCAGCUCCAAUAGUGGAUGGUGGUAAAGAAUCGAAGAGCUACCAUCUCUAGGAGACGAAAAAUCCAAGCACAAUCCCAAUCCCGAUCCCCUCUCUCCGCACCUGGUUCACAAUCCACCCGAUUUUAUAACAUAGUUUUUAAGUACCAUUUUUUUUUGUGUAACAAAUAAAUAAAUGAAUAAAUCAAAGGCAUAAAGUUAACAUUUUUAUGAUGCAUCAUCUUUAAAUUAUGGAUCGUUAGCAAUUAACAUUCUAAGCCUGGGAGCCGACUAUAUAUCUGACUGAGCAGUUAUUAAUAUUUUAUGCAUCGCGCAAAUGAUUGUGGAACAGCGUCUUGGUGGCCAAGGUGGUGAUGCGAUUGGAGUUCAGCGGAGAUCAUCAUCAUCAUUUGGAGGUGGAGGCACUGUGGUUACACUUUUAGGUUUAUGAAAAUAUAAAUGUCAAGUAUAUUUGCGAAUCGAUUUAUUAUUAAAACGAAGCAUAAAAUUUAAU